CCCCAAACCAGGAGGUUCGGCCCCAAACCAGGAGGUUCGGCCCCAAAGCGGGAGGUUCAGCCCCAAACGGGCUCGUCAGCUCGGUUGGAUUUGGGUCAUUAUUGGCUGAUUAUAUGAAGGGAAAUUAACGUCUCGUUGUCUGUGUUCCCAGGUCUGUGACGGGUUGUUGUGUGUUCACCCAUCGGCCGCUUGGCCCUCGCUCUUUAUUUUAUUCCUUUUUAAAUUGCGCGACAUUUAAGAGAUUCCGACCUGAAUUACGGUCGUCUCCGUUCGUUUGACAUUCCGGGGCGCUAAGCCCAGCCUAGGGGCGCUAAGCCCGGCUUAAGGCGCCUCGUCUGCAUCUGUGCUUACCCCGCGUUGUGCUUUGUACCGUGUUUCAAAGGGGCGGCACCGAAAGGCAGCGACCGGUGUCUUUCCGCUCUAAAAAUGCACCAAAACACCCCAAAAACCCCCCGGGGCUGGUGCAGAAAUGGGGAAAAGGAGCCACCACGCGAUUCCGCUUUGCGAGGAGAUUCAUCCCCGCUAAUUAUUGCUUGAUUUUUAAUUGUUCUCCGCAGCAAACCCUCCAUUUCCCCCCCCAACAGCAACCCCCUCGUUUCUCAAACCGGGCUUGUCUUGUUUCUUCAACCGCCGCAAUAAUCACCAAAUAAAACCUGUUUCAAUGUAUCAAACAUUCGUUAUCUCCCCAAACGGGGUGAGCAACACAUGUGGCUGAUUCUUUGCUAUCGGGACGGCAUCUCAUACCCAACACCCUGUGGUUUCUCAUAGAUAAGCCAAAACCUUCGCCUUGGCAUGGACCCGCCGUGUUUCCCGGUCAAAGCACCUGAAGGAUGGACAUAGAAGACUGUAAUGGCCGAUCUUACAUAUCUGGCAGCGGGGAUUCCUCGCUGGAGAAGGAGUUCAGCUCGGCCAUCGUGGGGGCCACGGUGAGCACCCCCAACAGCCAGCACUCCUCCCCGAGCCGCUCGCUCAGCGCGAACUCCAUCAAGGUGGAGAUGUACAGCGAUGAGGAGGGCAGCCGGCUGCUGGCGCAGGACGAGCGCGCGCUGGACAAGGACGACAGCGUCAUCGUGGACGACUCGCUCUCCGAACCCUUGGGCUACUGCGACGGGACGGGCCCGGAGCCGCACUCGCCGGGCGGCAUCCGCUUGCCCAACGGCAAACUCAAGUGCGACGUGUGCGGCAUGGUGUGCAUCGGCCCCAACGUGCUCAUGGUGCACAAGCGCAGCCACACCGGAGAAAGGCCGUUCCACUGCAACCAGUGCGGAGCCUCCUUCACCCAGAAGGGAAACCUGCUGCGCCACAUCAAGCUGCACUCGGGCGAGAAGCCCUUCAAGUGUCCCUUCUGCAACUACGCGUGUCGCCGGAGGGACGCGCUCACCGGCCACCUGCGCACGCACUCCGUCUCCUCCCCCACCGUCGGCAAACCCUACAAGUGCAACUACUGCGGGCGCAGCUACAAGCAGCAGAGCACAUUGGAGGAGCAUCGGGAGCGCUGCCACAGCUACCUGCAGAGCCUCAGCGCCGAACCGCAGCCGCUACCGGGACAACCGGGUGACGAGAUGCGCGAGCUGGAGAUGGUGCCGGAUUCUCUGCUCCACGGCUCGAGCGACCGGCCGCCGUUUCUCGACCGGCUCGGCAACAGCCUCGCCAAACGGAAACGCUCCACGCCGCAGAAGUUCGUGGGUGAGAAGCAGAUGCGCUUUGCCCUCUCGGACCUGCCCUUCGACGUGAGCCCCGGCUUCGAGAAGGACGUGGAGGUGCUGCCGGCCCCCCACUCCCUGGACCCCCCCUACACCGGCUCCCUGGCCCUGCUGGGGGGGGAACCCCUGCGCCCGCUGCGCCUGCCCCCCACAAACUGCAUCUCCGAGGUCACCCCGGUCAUCAGCUCCGUCUACACCCAACUGCAGCCUCUCCCCACGCGCUUGGAGGUACCGGGGGGCCGGGACGGCGCCGAGGGGCCCGAGGAGCCGCCGGAGCCGGUCCCGGUGCUUUACCGGACCCGAGAACCCGCCGUUUCGCCCCAAAACGGUUGCCAGGACUCCACGGACACCGAGAGUAACCACGAAGAGCGGAGCUCGCAGCCCCCACCGGGGAGCGGCGCCGGCGGCCGCCACAGCCCCGCGUACGCCAAAGAGGACCCCAAAAGCGGCGAGGGGACCCCCGGCGGGGGACGAGGGGCCCCCCGCCCCGGGCUGCGCGUGGUGACGGAGGCCGGGGAGCCGGUGCGGGCGUUCCGGUGCGAGCAUUGCCGCAUCCUCUUCCUCGACCACGUCAUGUUCACCAUCCACAUGGGCUGUCACGGCUUCAGGGACCCGCUCGAGUGCAACAUCUGCGGCCACCGCAGCCAGGACCGGUACGAGUUCUCCUCCCACAUCGUGCGGGGGGAGCACAAAACCGCCUGAAAACACCCCAACCCCCCACCAUGUCCCCAAUCCCCCAUAUCCCUAUAUUCCCGUGUCCCCAUGUCCCCGUGUCCCCAUGUCCCUUUAUCCCCAUGUCCCAGUGUCCCCGUGUCCCCAUAUCCCAGUGUCCCCGUGUCCCCGUGUCCCCAUGUCCCCAUAUCCCUAUCCCCCCAUAUCCCUGUGUCCCCAUGUCCCCAUAUCCCUGUGUCCCCAUGUUCCCAUGUCCCUAUAUCCCUGUGUCCCCAUGUCCCCAUAUCCCUAUCCCCCCAUGUCCCCGUGUCCCCAUGUCCCCAUGUCCCUGUGUCCCUAUCCCCCCCAUGUCCCCGAUGUCCCCAUGUCCCUGUGUCCCUAUGCCCCCAUGUCCCCGUGUACCCAUGUCCCCAUAUCCCUAUCCCCCCAUGUCCCCGUGUCCCCAUGUCCUCGUCUCCCCAUGUCCCCAUAUCCCUAUCCCCCCAUGUCCCCAUGUUCCCAUAUCCCUGUGUCCCUGUGUCCCCAUGUCCUUAUCCCCCCAUGUCCCUGUGUCCCCAUGUCCCCAUAUCCCUAUAUCCCUAUCCCCCCAUGUCCCCAUGUCCUCGUCUCCCCAUAUCCCUGUGUCCCCAUGUUCCCAUGUCCCUAUAUCCCCAUGUCCCCGUGUCCCCAUGUCCCUGUGUCCCUAUCCCCCGAUGUCCCUAUGUCCCCAUAUCCCUAUCCCCCCAUGUCCCCAUAUCCCUGUGUCCCUGUGUCCCCAUGUCCUUAUCCCCCCAUGUCCCUGUGUCCCCAUAUCCCUAUAACCCUAUCCCCCCAUGUCCCCAUGUCCUCGUCUCCCCAUGUCCCUGUGUCCCCAUGUCCCCAUAUCCCUACCCCCCAUGUCCCUGUGUCCCCAUAUCCCUAUAUCCCUAUCCCCCAUGUCCCCAUGUCCCCAUGUCCUCGUCUCCCCAUGUCCCCAUAUCCCUAUCCCCCCGUGUCCCCAUGUCCUUAUCCCCCCAUGUCCCUGUGUCCCCAUAUCCCCGUGUCCCCAUGUCCCCGUGUCCCCGUAUCCCCAUAUCCCUAUCCCCCCGUGUCCCCCUGUCCCCCUGUCCCCGUGUCCCCCCAUCUCCAACUCACCCCCCAGGCAUGGAACUGUUGGUUUAUCCUUUGAUUUGGUUUAAUAGGUAUUUGAUUUCCUUUUCUACUCCUUUGCACUGACUUUAGCUACAAAGUAUUUAAAAAACCAAGUAAAAAGAAGAAAAAAAUAGAUAAUUAACACCCCCCCCAACCCCGACGAGGGGGGGCUCUUAACGAUUUGCCUUUUUAUAAACGGACUUAUUUAAAUAUUAA